UCAGGCGAGCAGAAUGAUUAGUGCAAAAGAAUUACGUGAUUCAUUGAGACCUUAAAACGGGUCCAGAGAAUCCCUGCCACCUAACUUAUCAUGGUUUGGGGGAGUUUGAUGAGAAUCCAGUUUUGAUAAAGACAAUUGUUUUUUCCUCCCAAAGUGACUAUACAUUUAAAUAGCUAAAACAUCUGUUCAGCCACAUAGUAAAACAUGUACACUCAGAACGCCUGAGAGAAAAGCCUGCCAAAUCAUCGUGGAAGAGCAAGAGAACCUUGGAUGUCAACGCCUAACAGACUCUUGAGACCAGCCACCAAACCAUAAAAAGUGACCUUCUCUUCGCGUGGCCUCUACGUCCCUCCUGAUGGAGGAAGAAAUGGGGAGCAGCACGGAGACUGGAAAGACAGCCAAUAGGGGCACUCGAAUUGCCCUGGCUGUGUUCAUUGGUGGCACCCUUGUGCUGGGCAUGAUCCUCUUUCUAGUGAGUCAAGGUUUCUUAAGUCUCCAAGCUAAACAGGAGUACUGCCUGAAGCCAGAAUGCAUCGAAGCUGCUGCUGCCAUCUUGAGUAAGGUAAAUUUCUCUGUGGACCCUUGUGAUAAUUUCUUCCGGUUUGCUUGUGAUGGCUGGAUAAACAGUAAUCCGAUUCCUGAAGAUAUGCCAAGCUAUGGGGUUUACCCUUGGCUGAGACAUAACGUUGACCUCAAGUUGAAGGCACUUUUGGAGAAAUCCAUCAGUAGAAAGCGGGACACUGAAGCCAUACAGAAAGCCAAAAUCCUUUAUUCAUCUUGCAUGAAUGAGAAAGCGAUUGAAAAAGCAGAUGCCAAACCAUUGCUACAUAUCCUGCGGCAUUCACCUUUCCGCUGGCCUGUGCUUGAAUCUAAUAUUGGUCCUGAAGGAGUUUGGUCAGAGAGGAGGUUCAGUCUUUUGCAUACCCUUGCAACGUUUCGUGGUCAAUACAGCAAUUCUGUGUUCAUCCGAUUGUAUGUGUCCCCUGAUGACAAGGUGUCCAACGAGCACAUUUUGAAGCUGGACCAAGCAACUCUCUCCCUAGCCGUGAGGGAAGACUACCUGGAUAAUACCACAGAAGCCAAGUCUUAUCGGGAUGCCCUUUACAAGUUCAUGGUGGAUACGGCUGUGCUUUUGGGAGCUAAUAGCUCCCGAGCGGAGCAUGACAUGAAGUCAGUGCUUAGAUUGGAAAUUAAGAUAGCGGAGAUAAUGAUUCCACAUGAAAACCGAACCAGUGAGGCCUUGUACAACAAAAUGAACAUUUCCCAGCUGAGUGCUAUGAUUCCCCAGUUUGACUGGCUGGGCUACAUCAAGAAGGUCAUCGAUGUCAGACUGUACCCUGGCCUGAAAGACAUUGGCCCCGCAGAGAACGUGGUCGUCCGUGUCCCGCAGUACUUUAAGGAUUUGUUUAGGAUAUUAGGCUCUGAGAGGAAGAAGACCAUUGCCAACUAUUUGGUGUGGAGGAUGGUUUAUUCCAGAAUUCCAAACCUUAGCAGGCGUUUUCAGUAUAGGUGGCUCGAAUUCUCACGGGUAAUUCAGGGGACUACAACUUUGUUGCCUCAAUGGGACAAAUGUGUAAACUUUAUCGAAAGCGCCCUCCCUUAUGUUGUUGGGAAAAUGUUUGUGGAUGUACACUUCCAGGAAGACAAGAAGGAGAUGAUGGAGGAAUUGAUUGAGGGUAUUCGCUGGGCCUUUAUUGACAUGCUGGAGAAAGAAAAUGAGUGGAUGGACACUGGGACAAAAAGGAAAGCCAAAGAAAAGGCGAGAGCUGUUUUGGCAAAAGUUGGCUAUCCUGAGUUUAUAAUGAAUGAUACUUAUGUUAAUGAAGACCUCAAGGCAAUCAAGUUUUCAGAAUUCGACUACUUUGGCAAUGUCCUGCAGACCCGCAAGUACUUAGCACAGUCUGAUUUCUUCUGGCUGCGAAAAGCGGUUCCAAAAACAGAGUGGUUCACAAAUCCAACGACCGUCAAUGCCUUCUACAGUGCAUCCACUAACCAGAUCCGGUUUCCAGCAGGAGAGCUCCAGAAGCCCUUUUUUUGGGGAACAGAAUAUCCUCGAUCUCUGAGUUAUGGAGCUAUAGGAGUAAUUGUUGGACAUGAAUUUACACAUGGAUUUGAUAAUAAUGGUAGAAAAUAUGAUAAAAAUGGAAACCUGGAUCCUUGGUGGUCUACUGACUCAGAAGAAAAGUUUAAAGAAAAAACAAAGUGCAUGGUUAACCAAUAUAGCAACUAUUAUUGGAGGAAAGCUGGCUUAAAUGUGAAGGGAAAGAGGACCCUGGGAGAAAAUAUUGCUGAUAAUGGAGGUCUGCGGGAAGCUUUUAGGGCCUACAGGAAAUGGAUAAAUGACAAGAGGCAGGGAGUUGAGGAGCCUCUCCUACCAGGCAUCAUCUUCACCAACAACCAGCUCUUCUUCCUGAGUUAUGCUCACGUGAGGUGCAAUUCCUACAGACCAGAAGCUGCCCGAGAACAAAUCCAAAUUGGUGCUCACAGCCCCCCUCAGUUUAGGGUCAAUGGUGCAGUUAGCAACUUCGAAGAAUUCCAGAAAGCCUUUAACUGUCCACUGAAUUCCACGAUGAACAGAGGCCUGGACUCCUGCCGGCUCUGGUAGCUGGAACCCUGGUGUAUGCCGGCCCGAGAGCCAUGCAGUACCAGUAGAGGCCACACGGAGUGCUCAUCGCCACUGCUUUCAGCCUAUAUUCCCCGCCCCGCCCCCCAGGACUCCUGUUUUUAGCGCAUCUUCCUUAUUUGGGUGUUGGUUGGAUCUAAACAGUAUAUUCAAAUUGUAGGGCUCAAAAAAAUGGAAUCCGAGAAGGGAUCCGAGUAUGUUUCUUUACAAAACCAAACUAACAAAAAUAAAUCUCUAGGCCCCUUUUGUUAAAACAU